GUCAAUCAUUGUACCGAUGAUGUGUUUUGCUCUGUCUGAGUGUCUGUCUUCAAAAAAUAUAACUAAUUAUAUUGUUAUAAAUCAAUAUACUUAUCGUAAUUACCUACCCAAUUCCAAUAUUUCAUCAAAAUGACUACUUUUGAUUCUAAAUAUGACAUGUACCCUGCAGGUGAUGUUGGAGUUGUGGAGGGCGAAAUGAAUAUACCAGGUCGGGGUGUACCAUCUGGGGACUCUAUGGAGUUUAACACUCUUGAUGAGCCUAUCAAAGAGACUUUUAUGCGUGAUCUGAGAGCCGUUGGUAACAAGUUUUAUCAUGUUCUAAUCCCUAGAGAAAAGACUAGUUUGCUUAAAGAAUGGGAUCUCUGGGGCCCUUUGCUUUUGUGCACAUUGAUGGCUACAUUUCUUCAAGGAUCUACUGAGAGAGUAGAUAACACUAAUGAUGGAGGGCCUGAGUUUGCAGAAGUGUUUGUACUGGUCUGGAUUGGGGCAGCUAUAGUUACAUUAAAUUGUAAACUUCUAGGUGGCAACAUUUCAUUCUUCCAAUCAGUGUGCGUAUUGGGCUACUGCCUGUUCCCCAUCGCACUGGCACUGCUCAUCUGCAGGCUAAUACUCUUCUCCACGCAGACCACCUUCCUCUUCUUCCUACGACUGGUUAUAUCUAUGGGAGGCUUUGUGUGGGCUACAUUUGCGGCAACCAAAUUCCUGGGUGACAGUCAGCCAGCCGGGAAGAAAGCGUUGGCAGUGUAUCCGAUAUGUUUGUUCUACUUCAUUCUAUCGUGGCUCGUCGUAUCGCACAGCAACGUCUAAAUGUCCACAUCAAGUCAUUAUAUUGUGAUACGAACUUUAGUUUUAAUUUGUGAAUAUGUGUGUAAAUUAUGUGUGUGUAAUAUAAAAUCGUUUUCACAUGCUUAUUCUUCCUUUAAGAUUUUAAUGAUAUUUUAUUUAUUCUAAAACCAAUGUACCGCAAAUACAGGAGUAUCAGUUAAAAAGGCAUUUCCGAUCGUAAAAAGCAAGAUAAUCUACGUCAUUGUCGAUGAUGUAAAACAAAAUGUCAUAUAUGUAAUAAGUAUGUAUUUAUUUAUUAUUUUAAGGCACAACAUUCCUGAAAAAAAUAUUUUUAAUAAGAUAUUUUCAUAGGGUUAAAGAUUUUGUAUAUGAUUAUUGUAUCAAUUAAAACAUUCAUCUGUUAAA